GAAUCUUUUUUAGCCCUGAGUUUAGCCUGUCAGGCAGCAGCUAGUCACACAGCCUGUCUCCACUCGUAACUUCCUUAACAACAAGUUAUAUUUAGGUUGAGUUUAAAUAAUGUAAAGCGCAUUAGCGCAGUUUUCGUGUAUGAAUCUUCAAGAAGGCGGCAACUUUACCCGGGAGACAAAUUUAAGGACAUAAAACCUUGGUGUUACAGUGUGCUUACCUGUGAUUUGUUUACGCAGCGAGGGUGGACAGGCAGCUCUGUUAGUGCGUGUGUUUGUGUUUGUGUGUGUGUGUCAGGCCUACAAACUAUAGUUAGCCGUGCCAGUGAACACCUAAGACGACAGUGGACUGUAAAAUCUGCAGACCGGUGAUGCAUUGAGACAACAAUGGAGACAACAAACAGUGCCACCGAGGGCGACCCUCUGAAGAGGGGAGAGGACGGGGUAGAGACGGGAACUGCACCGUCGGCAACAGAGCUGAAGAAGAAGAGCUGCAAGGAAGUCUUAGGAUUUGCCAAAUUGACCCACUGGCGAACCGCAGUCUUCUUCUUCUCCUUGUUCCUCUGCCUCACCAUUGUUUUUGCCUUCUCCUUCAUCAUCCCCUGUCCCGUCAGACCACAGUAUCUUGGUUCCUGGAACAGGACCUUCCCUGAAGCAGCAACCUAUGACUUCUUAGCUAUUGAAGAUGCAAGUCAGGACAAGGUGAUGGACGUCCUGUUUGUCCUCAAAAGCACAGAAGUCAGUCCGAACAAAACGUGUGCUGCUGCAGGUCUGCCCUCGCCAUGUGUGUUUGUGUGUGCGGUGGAUGGGACAGAUGGAGAGGACCUAUGGGUGCGUCCGCUGCAUCCUGACUUCCACUGGGCCCAGUGUGGUCUGGACAAAGGAACAAGCAGAAACUGGGACUGUCUGUUGUCCCAUUCUGGCAAUCUCACAGCCAUCGACAAACACAAAGGUCUGAUCAGGUGGCAGAAGCCUCAGCCUUCUGGCCUGCGCAGCACUGUGCCUGUUCUCAGUGUCCCAGAUCUGGACGGGCACAAGGUCAAUGAUGUGGCUCUGGUGGCAUCUGACAGCACACAGACUCAGCUGGUAUUUGUCUCAGGGGAGUCGGGGGACCAAAUUGGUUCUACGGUGGUUCUUGACUCCACAGAGACAACCAGUCAUUUUCUCCAUCGCGUUGCAGAAGGUUCUUACUAUGUAAUACUACAAAAAGACACUGGCGUGUAUGGGCUGGCACUGCGGAGAAUUGCUGCCAAGGCUAAACCAGGGAUGGAGAAGAGCCUCAAGGAAGACAAAAACUGGGAGAAGACUGCCAGUGAAUCAUCCGGCCUCGUACCCAUCUACGAGUCUGACUCGGUGAAACAAGUGCUCACAACAGGAGAAACAGGAGAUUCACCAAACCUGCUGCUGGUUACUGGGAAGGAGGUGGCAUUAGUCGAUGGAAGAAAAUUGCAGCUACAGUGGAAAUUCAAUACAAGCUCUGUCAUCAGUGAGCCCACGUUUGGUCAUUAUAACAAAGACGAUAUACUUGAUGUUGUGCUCGAGGAGGAUAUUGGCAACCACACAAAGAGGGUUAUAAUUCUUGAUGGGAAGUCUGGUGGUGUCCUGUGGGAAGUCAACCUUUUGGCCACUCCGAACUCGCCCAAACCUGCUUCAAUCCACACCACCAACCACUUCUCGAUCUUUGUGUUUUGGGGCAUGUUUCCUUCAGAUUCCAACACGUCUGUACCAUUAACUAGUGACCGACACUCCUACAUGCUCCUUCCUCUCUACUCCAAAGUUCUCCUUGAGUCGACCAGUUCCACGGACCACAUCAUAACAUUUAAAGCCACACUGUUGGAGGGUGGACGCCAUGCUGCUUACAUCACGCUGACAGGCCCUGAGACAGCAGGAGCUGAAGGCACCGUGGUUCUCAGCAAGCGGAAGUUGAAGCAGGACGUUCCCACCAGCAACGUACUCCGUAUCGGCACCGGCGGAAGUACAGAGACUAACGAUGACAUCAAAGAGGCCUUCAGCCGUCUCCGCUUUAGUGAUUGGUGAAAGGACCAACUGUUACAUGCACACUACAUCCCCCUGCCCUGUAGGGGGCACAACUCUAAAAACUCUCAACUCUAAAAAAAACCAAAGUGUGUACACUAGCUAUGACUUUCCAACUGCUGACAACCAAAAAAAAAUUAAAAAGUAUGUUUAGAGACUUGGGUUGACAGGGUUCUCCAUUAGACAAACUGGGCACAAACUCGUGAUUCAGGUGAGUCAGACUCGACUCACUUGAAUCAUGAGUUUGAUCUUCCAUAGUGUCCAAAGAGCUACUGUUCCCUGACAAUCACAUAGCACAUAAUGCUACUCUCCUGCUGAUAAAUCCAUAAAGAGGACCUGCCUUGCUGGUAUUGUAUUGUUUUUAGCACUUUCAUAUAUCGAUGCUCUCUUUUUUUAAAUUGCAGAGGCUGGGAUUUAGAUCUAUGCAACUUUAUGUCGCACUGGGCUUUAAAGGUAGCAGGUAGUGGCCUUUUAAAGGAAUGAUAACACAAUCAUGGGGCUUCUUUUCUUUUGUAAGAUUUUAUCAAACUCAGCAGUAAAACAAGGUAUAAUUUAUGUAGUUCCAUUUUUUUGUUACAUACUCUGUUACGAUAUGGCAGUUGAUGGUACUGUUGUCGAUAAUCAAGAUGUGUGUGUCCAUCACGUGCUCAAUCCAAGAUGCUGUAACUAUAGAUGCUGUUUAAUGCACAUUAACUAAAACUCGGAGUCUCAAAAAGAAUCUCCGUAUUGAGUUAUUGCUGUGGGUUUAUAAAGCUGUUUCAUAGUAGUUAAAUAAGUGAAAAUGAUUCUUGUCUGCUGUACAUUAAUAUAUUGAACCUGUGGAACGUG